AUGUUUUUGUUUUGCUUUUGUAAAUAACAAAGAAUGGAACACGCGGUGGACACUGUGCCAGAAGUGAAAUCCAAAUGCAGUGCUACCCUGAAGCCGACGGCAAAUACGGCCGUCAAGUGCCUGAAAUGCGACAAGGUGUACAUUUUUCCCGCCGACAAAGACGACUGCCUGGCGCAUCUGUAUCUUGAGCAUCGCCUGGUGAUCGCCGAUGUGGAGGACAUCGCGCUGCUGGAGGACUAUUUGCAGUACUGGGAAAAGGAGUUUCACAGCCACGAAUUCGAGCAGUACUGCACGACCAUGUUCCUGGACCAGCUGCCCGAUGGGAAAUAUGCCAGGAACGAGAAAUACUAUUUGCUCUGUGAUAUACUGCCGCAGGACUACGAGCUGCGCAAGCGACUGCGGGAGCAACGACUGAAGACCGCCCUGGAGCGACACCAAUUCGAGCUGACGGACCGCAACUUCUCCAAGGAGUGUCUCUUCUGCCGAACCGUGAUCCAGGGCCUCAGGGCCGACUAUCUGGAUCAUUUGUUUGACAAGCACUUUCUGCUGGUGGGAAAGCCCGAGAAGUUGGUCUACGUCGACGAGCUGCUCAACCAGUUGGAGGCCAAUUUGAAUCAAUUGGUUUGCCUGUACUGCGAGAAGAUCUUCAAGGAUCGCACCACUCUGAAGGAGCAUAUGCGCAAGAAGGGACACAAGCGCAUCAAUCCCAAUCGCCGGGAGUACGACAAGUACUUCCUAAUCAACUACAAUCGCGCUCCGGUGCCCACACUUCGAAAGCAGCAGCACCAGAGACGACGACAGCCGUCUGGAUCCAUGCCCGCAGAUGCGGAGAGCGUCAGCGUGGACUUUGACAAGCACUUUGCUCGCCCCGACUCGGAGGGUGAGCACGAUUCGGACUGGUCGGACUGGGCCGGUGAUGGCGAGCCACACUCACUCAAGUGUCUUUACUGCCCGCACCUAAGCGAACACUUCGCCGGCCUCAAACAGCACAUGAUCGAUGGCCACAGCUUGGAUUUCGAUGCUGCCACCAGCGCACUGAACUUCUAUCAGCGUGUCAAGGUGGUCAACUAUGUGCGCCGCCAGCUGUGCAUGCGUCGCUGUGUUAGCUGUGACCUCCAGUUUGACGAGCUCGACCUGCUUACCCAACACAUGGCCCAGGAGUCGCAUUGCGGCAUCGGCGAGCGGUCCAGCUGGGACAAGCCGGAGUUCUUCUUUCCGUACAUGGAAAACGAUGGCCUGUUGUGUGUGCUUGAUGAUUCAGCGGGCGAUGAGCCCGAUGCCGAUGUGGUGCGCAUCAUUUCCGAGGACAGUCUGGCCCAAAUCAAUAAGGAUGCGGAGUCGUUAUCCUUAGAGAAUUUCAAGUUGUAAAAGAUUAUGGUGGAGAUAUUUAAAACA